CUUGAUUGACUUUUGCAUCGGGGAGAAAAAAGUCGGAUCACGAGCCUUCGACCAUUGCCAAUCGACGCUGGCACCAGCGACCGACGAACACAGUCCGCCGAUACUGAGAACUACGGUGAAGAAUCUGUUCAAUUGCAUGCAUAUGUGCAAGAAACGUCAACACCCGACUAUCUAGGUACUCGUGGGCUUCAUCGUGCCCUGAGUGAGUGAGCCUCAAGGGCCACACCACCCACACCACAAUCAUGGCCUCCCUACUCCCCCGGGCCGCGCCCCUCCGGCGAAGCAUAGCAACGUCACAAUGCACGAAGCCAUUCAUAACUACCCGGCUCCUCUCCUCGACACCUAGCGCCCAAUCCCAGAAAAUCCCACCCGAAUCUCCUCAAUUCAUCAACGUGCCAAACCCGCCACAAGACCAAUCAAUAGAGGCAAAGCGAGAGCUCAAGCCCUUGAGGGGCUUCGUGCCCGUUCCCCGGCGCAUCUUCGCCCACCGCGACAGCCACCAGAAGCCCACAGACGACUGGCUCGAGCGAUCCGCCCCAGUGCCAACAAAUGCGAAAUCCCAAGCAGAGCCCGCCUCCGAGCUACAGGCCUGGAAGCGCAAGAUGGCCACAAGCCGCCGUGAGAACAUGCGCUCAGGUGUCCGCGACCUCUGGUCUCGCAAGCAGCGCAUCGACGCAAAGCGUAUAGCCGCGCGCACAGCGAAGCUCGAAGCCAACAAAGCCGCCAUGUUGGCCCCAGAGCGCGAAGACGAGCGUCUAACGCGCGGCAGCGUGAACCCAGGGACCCUGCAAACAGCCGUAGCCCCCGAUCCCGAGCGUUUCCAGCGCGCGCUGGCCUCAGCGGCCCGCACGGCCUCCAUCGCCGCCGACAAGAGCGAGUUGCGCCGCGACGCGAUCCAGACGUUGUACAUGAACGCGCGGUCCUUCAUCGUCAGCGAGUCCGAGCUCGAGGCCGCCGUCAACAUCGAGUUCGCCGACGACCACUUCGAGCGGCUCGGUCAGAGCGGCGCCGGCUACCGCAUUCAGAACAUCUGGAAUGCUGAGAACGAGCCUAUGUCCGUGGCAAGCAUGUUGAGGGACCUGCAGCGCAGCAACGAUACCCUGGUUGCUGACUUCACUUCCGAGAAGACGCGUACGGACCGGAGGCAGAAGCGUGUGGCCGAAGAAUUAGCUGGCGGUAAGAUGGACUAGUGCGAUCAAUCUACGACUUCGGAGCCAUCAUAUACGGCCCCAGUUGUGCCCAUCCAGAUACCUGACAUGACGGUCAAACUCAGGUUUUAAUGUCAUUGGUAAUGAAGAACGGGGUCACGAAACCUACACCUCUCUCAAUACGAAAGGGGCAAGCAUCUGGGAUUAGACCCAUCCUCUGUAAAUGACACCGCGAAAAGAUACUUUCAAGUAUGUACUAUAUGUAUAUAACGAC